UAAUCUGAAAGUAAUUGAAUGCGUCAAUAAUUUCGGCAAUGCAGUGAUUUAAAAAAAAAAAACUCAGUGUAUUGCCUGUCUUAAUUUGUUCUCUAAUUUCGUUUUCUGCGUUGUUGUUUAGUGCCCGUAAGUAAGCGUUUCACUGUUAGUCGACAAGUAUUAUUUGACAAAUAAAAUUAGAUUUUUGCCGAAACGUUGGUUGUUAGGUUUACUCUUUAAAUUGUUGGGAGUGUAUAUAGUGAGACUUUAUUUUAACUUUUUUUUUUACAUUGACCUUGCUCGCUUAAUAUGCAAAAAUAGCAUGUUGAGGCAAUGCUUGUAUUAGUCAAUGCAUAUUAUUCAGGGUAUCCACGUUGGCUCUCAGAUUUUAAUUUGGCUCAACCACUGAUUGUUGUCAAAUGUGAACCCUUUCCUGUGGAGAGACCACUGUUUCUCAGAACCCCUGUUUGUUUUUCUACGAAGGAGAAAGGCCUUAACAUGGCGUUGGUCUUCAGCUUGUCCACUCUCAUGUUUCUCAUCACUGGGAUGGAGACAUCCAAAAGUCUAAGUCAGGGCCCAGAGUUGAAGCUGGUCAUCCAGGAGGACUCUGGGAAGGAUGCAGUCCUACAGUGCUCUGUGAACAUCAGUGAGAAAUCCCCUGGUAAUGUAAACAUAGAGAAGGUCGUGUGGUGGAGGCUGGACCAGAAUGGUCUUCACAAAGGUGAACCUGUGUUCAUAUGCAACAUAUUCAAUCAACAAUCCUCCAAUCCCAGGUUGCAGCUGAACCCAAAAUAUCAGCUUUCCAUGCCACCUGCCAAUGAGAAAGACAAAGUUGUGUCCCUGUUGGUCAAAGAAACGCAGCCUGAAGACGAGGGUCCUUAUGAGUGUGUGGUGAACACUGACAGUGGAAUCACAAAUUGUAACUGCAUGCUGAAGCUCACAGUACGAGACCAGCACCAGGGUCCUGGAAAUGUUGCGGAUAAACAGGAGAUUCCAAAGAACAGUUACAUGAGUGUGGCUGCUGUAUGUGUGGUAGUAGGCUCUCUUGCCAUUGGACUGCUGCUUCUCAAGCUGUUUCAAGCCAGAAGACUCAGACAAGGAGAAAUGGAGUGCACGCAUUGUCCUGCUAUCAAGCUAAUUGUUAGCAGCAUUGUCUGUAGUUGUUAAUCACACCAGACUAUUCUUUCAUAAUUGUUUUAUAUAUUGUAACUAAAACCUGAUAUGAAACAAAUGCACAUAUUUAGUGGACAUUGAUUUGAUAGUGAAGACACUAGUGUGAUACAGUAGCAGUGUGUGAAAUUGAUCUUGACAGAACACAUUUACUUUGUGCAUCACAAUUUGAAUAAGUAAUUUAUUCAGAAGCCAAUAUUGUGUUUUAGUUAAUUUGAGAGUUGCUUUAGUUGACAAAUGCCAUGUUUUUUAUUGUUACAAAGUGGGAUUCAAAUGUAUUUAAUUGUCAUUU